AUGGCACAUGAAUACAGACUUUUGCCUGAUGGAUUUCGGCAGAAUAUAGCACAUUUAGCACCAAACGAAAUAUUAGACAACUUGCAUACAAUUAUUCAUGAAAACUCAACCGAUGUCCCAGAGGUAGUGGAACAUUUUGAGUACGAACAGCAAUUGGAUAAGUCACUUUUGUCCCGAAGCUCUGUGGUGGGACUGGGAUUUGGGCUUAUGAGUCCUGUCCUGGGCAUGUGCACUAGUAUGGGCAUCGGACUGGUAAACGGUGGACCAUUCACUAUAAUGUUUGGAUUUCCCAUAUGUGGUUUCUUUUCCUUUCUAUGUGCCUCGUCAUUGGGGGAAGUUGUCUCUAAAUACCCCAUUGAAUUACACGGUGCCAGUGCAAUGAUAGCCCCCAAGUCCAUCAAACCAAUGUGCUCCUGGUUUACGGGCUGGCUGAUGUUAUUAGGCAACUGGUUCAUGAGUAUCGGAGUCACAUUUGCAGGAGCUCAAUUGAUUAUAUCUCUAGUCAAUAUUGGAGACCGCGAUGUCAUUGCAGAUGGUCGUUUGGGAAUUUAUACCGUUCUGGUGUACUAUGGCGUGGUUACUGUCGUUGGAGUAGUGAAUUUAAAGUACGCUCGUUAUGUUGAAGCCAUAAACAAAGUUUGCAUUUACUGGAUUAUCUACGCUGUUCUAUUUAUCGAUGUGCUAUUGCUCUUAUUUCAUAGGCAAAAGUUUCGGUCACUUCCAUAUGCAUUGUUCCACUUUGACAAUACACUGUCAGGUUAUAGUAGUGCCUUUCUUUCAUUUAUCAUCGGGUUUCAGCAAUCGAAUUUCACUCUGCAAGGUUUUAGUAUGCUUCCUGCUCUAGCAGAUGAAGUCCAAGUACCAGAAAAGGAUAUUCCACGAGGCAUGUCGAGUGCUGUGCUGAUCUCCACACUCAUUGGUAUGAUAUUUCUGCUUCCAAUAAUGCUGAUCUUGCCCGAUGUCGAUGGACUGUUCGAGAACACCAAAGUGUUACCUAUUGUUGAUGUAUUCACACAUUCGACAAAUUCGAAAUUCGUUUCCGUAUUUCUCAUUCUUUUGAUCCUCGGUAAUCUGUUCUUCUCAGGAAUUGGCUCCAUAACAACAUCCUCUAGAGCUGUCUACAGUUUCAGUCGUGAUUGUGCUAUACCGAACCACCAGCUGUGGACUUAUGUGGAUCCCACAUCCGAAUCAAAAGUUCCAAAAUACUCCAUUCUACUGAGUAUGGGCGUUUCAUAUAUCCUGGGUCUCUUGCCGCUAUUUUCCACAGCUGCAUUUAAUGCCUUUAUCGGAUGUGCCGUUCUUUGUCUUUGUUCGGCAACUCUGAUACCAUUGGUGCUAGUUUUAUUGACAAGAAGAAGAAUUCUUCGAGAUGCACCAGUUAAAAUAAAGUACAAGCUGGGCUGGAUUGCGAACGUUGGUUCGGUCAUUUGGCUCCCGUUAUCGAUGGUAUCAGUUUGUAUGCCACCGCAAAUUCCAGUCACACCUAAAACCAUGAAUUAUGCCCUGGUGGUAUUCAUCGCCUGUUUUGCGGGCAUCAUCGUACUAUACUUCAAAUGGGGUAAAUACAAUUUCAAAUUGCCGUUGGUCGAUAAACAGAUUGAAGAUACAUCAACGAUGUUCGAACUGGAUAAUAGGACAUUCCCUCAAAAAUCUCAACUUUUAUUGAGCACAGAUACUAAUAAGUCCGAGCCCCAAUCACCAUCGGGACCCUUCGAUGAUAGUUGCAGAGAGGAUAAGCAAGAAGAAUAUGACCUUGGUGAUGUUAAGAAAGUCGACUUCUGA